AUGGCCAAGGGCAAAGCUGCGCCCGCACCUGCUGCACCGUCGUCCAACUGGAAGUCCCUCAAAGCCGCGAUCAAGCCAACGACCUCGACCGCCGCGGCUGUCAAGGACUCGAACAAGCGCAAGAGGAGGCAUUCGAGCGUCGCAUCCGAUGCUAGCUCUGUCCCGAGCGUGAGGGACAAGGGGAAGGGCAAGGCGGUCGGUCAGGCUGGCGAGGGAGAUGCGGCACACGGGAGGGAGAAGGGAAAGAAAGGCAGCGCAGCGAAGAAGCUGGUACCCGUGGACGAGAUCAUGAAGGGCGGAACGGCUGCUUGGCAGCAGGAGACCGGGCAGUAUCUCGCAAUGGACUGCGAGAUGGUCGGUGUCGGUCCCGAAGGCGUCGAGUCGACUCUCGCUCGCGUCUCUAUCGUCAACUACCACGGCUGCGUCAUCCUCGACCGCUUCGUCAGGCCGCGCGAGAAGGUUACGGACUACAGGACUUGGGUUUCGGGUGUCAGGGAGGAGGACUUGCGGAACGCUCCUAGCUUUGCGGAAGUGCAGAAGGAGGUCUCGGCGCUGCUGACAGGUCGGAUACUGGUUGGACAUGCCCUGUCGAACGAUACCACCGUCCUCCUCCUCUCGCACCCUCGGCAUAUGACUCGCGACACGUCCAAGUAUGCACCCCUGCAAGGACUCGCAAAGACCAAGCGGCCGGGUCUCAAGACGCUCGCCAAGCUCGUGCUGGGAAUCGACAUUCAGAGCGGAGAGCACAGCUCGGUCAUCGACGCCCGCGCGACGAUGGCGAUCUACCGCUCGCAAAAACCGGCGUGGGAAGAUGCGCUCCUCAAGCACUCGACACCCUCGCUCCUCACGACCACGACCCUCGCACUUCAGUCCCUCGACUUGUCGAACAUCAGCCUCACCGGCGUCGGCAAGAAGAAGCAGCAGCACCUCGGACUUGCGGCGACGCUGCGGCAUGUGCAGAACAUGCGGCUCGAGGAGGAGGCAGCGGGCGAGGAAGAUGGAGAGGACAUGGAGGAGACAGCGCGUGUGGAGGCGGAGAAGCGCAAGAAGCGGAGGACCGAGGAGGGAGACGAUCUCCUCCUUGGGUUCGACUUUGCCUCGACGACCACAACGUCAACGGCUGUCGUCUCCACCGCACCUGCGGCUACGACGAAUGGUCACGGUACGAAGACGGCGAAGAAGAACAAGCGCAAGCCGCGGACGAAGGGUGCAGGAAGCGCGAAAGGAGGAGGAGGAGCGCAGUUGGACCUCGCGCGGCGGCCUGCGAGCAAGGCUGGGUGGUGGGAGGAAGACUGA